AACCCCUGCUGAUACCUAUCAACUCUCUGUUGCAAAAGAUAUCUUCAAGAUUCACACACCAAACCCAAACCAAACGUUUUUAAUUUUAUUUUGUUUUCUCUCCUUCUCCCAGUCCCCACAUCCUUUUCUUUUCUUUUUAUUUAUUCCUCUGUUCUUCACCUCCUUUUCGACUGGUGGAGUAGAUACCCAUUGCAGGAAUAAUUGCAUACAAGGCAUAUAUGUGUAUAAAAAUAUAAAUAUAUGCAGACCAGACCAUCAUCAACUUUUGCAAACAGUGAAGGAGAGUACUAAAAUGCAGAGCUCUUCAGAUAUGUUUUUUAACUCUGGUUUUUACCUCAGAGGUGAUGACGGUGGGAGUGGCGGCGCCGGCGGCCGUUUAUUUGACGUCGGAGAACUAUCCCACUCUGCUCCCUUUCACCACCACGAAGAUGCUUUUCUUGAUUGUAGCAGAAGCUCAAUUUAUAAUGACAUGAGGCGAAGCAAUAAUUCAUCCAUUGUCUCUCCCAAUAGCAUGCACUUUGGCGAAAUCAACACCAGCAUUGGGUCAUCGGAGACGGGGGUGGUGGACGCCGGAGGAAGGUAUAUGGUGGAGAGAGGCAGUAGAAGGACGGCGGUGGCGGUGGCGAGUUGUGGUGGCGGGGCCGUGGGAUAUGGGAAUAUUGAGAACUGUGGAGACUCUGGGACGGCGGAGCACAGCCAGCAGACCGAUGACACUUCCACCGAUGUGGACACGGAAGAGAAAGUUCAGAGCAUUGGCGUCACACAUGGUGCUAUAAUAGGACCAGAGAAGCCUAAAGGAAAGCUGGGGGAGCAAAAGGCUCUUCGUAGACUAGCUCAGAACAGAGAAGCUGCUCGUAAAAGCAGAUUGAGGAAGAAAGCAUACGUUCAACAGCUGGAGAAUAGUAGAGUAAGGCUUACACAACUAGAGCAGGAACUUAAGCUAGCCCGCCAACACCAGGGAGCAUAUGCAGCUGCAUCCGGAUUUGUUGGAGAUAAAGGCCAUUCUUCUGUUGGAAAUGGUGCUUUGGCAUUUGACAUGGAAUAUGGUAGUUGGCUUGAUGAGCAUCAACGGCUAGUGAGUGACCUGAGAUCGGCUGUACUCUCUUUCAUGGGAGAUAAUGAAUUACGUCAUCUCGUUGACGGAGUGAUGUCACAUUACGAUGACCUGUUUAGGAUAAAGCGUAUUGGCGCGAAGGCCGAUGUUUUUCAUUUGCUAUCGGGAAUGUGGAAGACUCCUGCUGAAAGAUGCUUUAUGUGGUUGGGCGGCUUUCGUUGCUCCGAGAUUCUUAGGAUACUAGUGAGUCAUUUGGAGCCAUUGACAGAGCAACAAUUAGUGGGGAUAUGCAAUUUGCAGCAAUCUUCACAACAAGCUGAGGAAGCACUGUCACAAGGAAUGGAAGCUUUGCAGCAACUGCUUGUGGAGACGCUAUCAUCGGCAUCUCUCGGUUCCGGGAAUGUAGGUGAUUUCAUGGACCUUAUGGGGAUUGCUAUGGGGAAGCUAGCCACCAUAGAGAACUUGCUCUAUCAGGCUGAUCUACUGAGGCAGCAAACAUUGCACCAAUUGCACCGAAUCUUGACGACACGUCAAGCGGCUCGUGCCCUUCUGGCGAUGAGCGACUACAUGUCUAGACUCCGUGCUCUCAGCUCUUUAUGGUUAGCUCGGCCUAGAAGCUAGCUAGCUAGCUGAUCAUCAAACAGCUUUAUUACUAACCACCGUCUCCUAAUGACUCAAACACCACGUUGAGAGUUGUGUAAUUACUAUUUUCAGUAAUCUAACAUAGAUUGAGAUUUGUAGUGGUUGAAUCAUUGAAUGGGAUCUGACCAAGAAACUAGCUGCUAAACAACAAGGAAUCGUCAAACGUUGUUGUCCUGUAUAUUUACCUCUCACCAGAUUAUGUUGGUCAUGUUUGAUGAGUAUUAAAUUAUGGUAAAAAAGUCAGAUCAUUAACCUCUCUUGUGUUUCUCGAUCGUUUUUCCGUAGCUGUUGUGCUUAGACUUGUCAUUUUUAGUUUGUUCAUGACUCUUUGAAAACUUGCAUAAAAAUUUCUUUGAUUGAAACAAGAACUUGUUCUUUUCAAAUUUUUAGACUUGAGAAGAAUUAAACAGCUGAAGUAGUCAAAUUGUUUAUUCAUUACUCGGUUUUAUAAUAUACAUUUUCAAUUUUAGAACUCCUUUGGUAGUUUAUAUGUUAAAUCACUGCGCGUGAAAUGAUUGAAUGCAAAAUAAUCAUUUUGCAUAUAAAAUAAAUUACAUUGUUCGCUUAGAUGUGUAAUUCAGUGUUAAGUUGCAUGCAAAAGUGUUUUAGUAAUUUAUAAAAAGCAUUCAAAGUAAUUAUUUUAUAAAUUAACAAAAGGCUUAGAUUGUCAUGGUAUAUGAGUACUUUAAAAUAACUUUAAUUACUUCUUAUUUUCCCACUUUGUCUUGGUAUAUUGAGUACUUUUCAUAAAUAAAUAUUUUUGGAAUUAGUGUUAUGUUAAAAGUAUUUCCUAAAAUACUACUCAAGUAAUCAUAGUUAAGAGAACAAUCACUUGAAGUGGUGGCUUU